GACAAAAGAGCGAAGAGAGAGACAAACCUCGCAGGUCGAAGCUGAGGGCCAUGGCUCGUGGUCAGCAGAAGAUUCAGUCCCAGCAGAAGAACGCCAAGAAGGCAGCAGAGAAGAAGAAAAAUAAUGGCGCCGACCAGAAGACGGCAGCAAAGGCAGCUCUGGUCCACACCUGCCCCGUCUGCCGGACACAGAUGCCUGACCCAAAGACAUUUAAGCAGCACUUUGAGAGCAAACACCCCAAGUCCCCAAUGCCUCCCGAGCUGGCGGACGUUCAGGCAUAAAGAGCAGCUGACUGGACCAGGAUACACAAUGACCACGGAUUAAACGUUGAAUCGCGGCGCCAGGAAGGAUGUUGAGGAAGAACACUGGGACCUGUCAGUAUUCACGGACAACGGGUUGGGACGGACGGAGGGCGGGAGGAAGGAAGGAAGGGGGUGGAUGUGUGUAUAUGCUGUGCACGUACGUGUGUUUGUGUAAGAGGAAACGAUAACGACAGGGGGCAGAGGUACACCAGCACCCCAUUUUUUUUAUAUUUAUUGUGUACAACUACCUUGCUAUUCCAGAGAGAGGGAUCACAGGAAGCAGAACCAGCAAAGAAUGCCUGCUAACACUGAAUUAAGGUAUCUCCUGAUCAAUGAAAGGAGUCAAUGAGUGUGAACAGCACAUCCAAACCCCCC